AUGAAAGGUUGCAGGGCGGAGUUGGUGGUGAGUGGCGCGGGGUGGGCAUGGAUGUGUGGAUGGGUGCUGGACUGUCAGAGCACACCGGGUUGCGAAAAGAGGACAACGGUCCAUUUCUUCGGCGGCACAGAUUUCGGAGAAGCAGGUUUGCCGGAGUGUGCGCAUGGUUGUGCGCGACUUGAGCUGUUGCCAGAAGGUAGUUUGUCACAGCGACUGUUUCUAGCCGUGGCAUUGCAAUGCGUGGAUUGCCUGCAACGACACCCGGGGGUUGUGCUCUGCUCGAGCGACCAAAUCCAGUACCGAAAAACUGAUGCAGGACCCCGUAUUCGCUUGGACCCCAAUUAUAGAAACUAUCGGCCGACACUCACUGUCACCGUGGACCCCGUUACCGGCCAAUCUGUUGAACGUGAAUGCGAUGUCGAGACCUACCUCCACGGGAAUGAUGACGCUGCAAGUGUAGAUUCCGUCAGCACAGGUUCCAUCAGCACAGAUGUCGAAACUGACCUGAACGUAAGAGGUGACCCGGUCCCCCAAGGCGAACCGGUCCCCCAAGGCGAACCGGUCCCCCAAGGCGAACCGGUCCCCCAAGGCCACCUGAUCCAAACAGACCCCAUAGAAGUCGACUCAGACGCGACCGCAACAGACUUAAUCGGAAGAGGCAGCACUGGCUCGUUGCCACCGCCAGACAGGAUGCGCAGUCUAAGACACAGCAUGCAGCGGAAGGCGAUUGUGGCUCGAUGGAACCGAUGGGCCAGAGCGAUAGAUCUACGGCGACAAGGGCGCCCGAUAUCGGAACGUGGACGUGCGGAAUUGCUGCGAUUGGUGUUCUUACAAUUGGCUCGUAAGUGUUGUGUGGAGGGUAUGUCAGAGUUGUUGGAGUCGUCUGCUGAUUCAUUGACUGCGUUACGUUCCCGAUUAUUGGCUGCUUACUGUGUGGAGGACCCUGAAGGUGCUUUUAAACAGCAGUUCUGGGCCACCGAGUGUCGUCCCGUCUUGACCAGAGAUGCUGCUGGUGCUCUUGCUGUUAAAUCUGCCCCGACUACCUCGUCAUCAGGCUCCAGUCUAGCCGGCAGUGUCAUGUCCCUCCUCGGUAGCAUGCCCUUCGGCAGUAGACCCUUCGGCAGCAUGGCUUCCGUCAGCAUGGCCUUCAUCAACAAAAUGACCUCCUACGGAAUCCUUUCAUCCAACAGGCUAAGGAUACCAUCCAACAGGCUAAGGAUACCUUCCGGGACCCUUUCCCCCACUCAGGAAAUGGCCCCUACCCCUACUCAGGAAAUGACCGCUUCCCCUACUCAGGAAAUGACCGCUUCCCCUACUCAGGAAAUGACCCCUAGCCUUGCUCAGGAAAUGGCCCCUACCCCUACUCAGGAAAUGACCCCUGCUCGGCCCGGAACCUUGACCCUUGCCGGAACGGUGAGCCCUACCGGAAUCAUGAGCCCUACCGGAACCCCGAGCCCUACUUGGCCGGGGACCAUCAGCCCUAGUGGAAGCUCUGCUGGGACCGACACCCCAAUUUGGCCCGAGACUUUUACUGGUCCCGAGACCCUGGGCCCGAGGGUAAUAGCCGCAGGUGAAGCCCGGAGCUCGAGCCCGGUGCCGAGCGAGGCGCCGUUGUGCGACCGCUGUCGGCCCAGCCCGGUUCUGAAUCUGAAUCUGGAGGCGGAGGCGGAAGUAGGUGAAGACUUGUGGGAGUCCGAGCUCCUGGAGGAUUGGGGGGAGUUAACGAGGACGGCCGGUGAGCGGGUGUUCAAUCUGGCUCGCGAAAUGUCUGCAGACACGUGUGUGCUGCCGGUGGACGUUACCUUGUCACAGCUCCCCUUGAACACGUUGGUUACAGAGACGUCCGGGAAAGAGGACGGGAUGACUACAGAUGACGGGGUGACCGCACAGGCGUUGUCGUUAAUGUCCAGGGAGGAGGCCGGAGAAGGCUCUUGUUGGCGGGUACUGAGUCUGCAAAGUAUCCUAAAGAGAUACCGUUUGUCACCGGUAAUUCAUAACUCGUUGGCGAAAGAGUUGGAUUCAUGCUUGAGACGUGCAACGGAAACGGUAGGCCGAGGAAUCUGUGUUGGAUCCUACGACCAAGUUUUCCUCGCUGUCCGAAAAGGGGAGCUUCACGUCCUGCUCAACCCAGUCUGUCUGCGCUGUAAAGAACCAGAACAAGCCUUCCGAGUCACCACCGCCUUCCUCCACAAAUUCCGUAGAGACGCUGGUUCCCAACGUGUCUUCCACCGCAAUCCUAUCUUCGAGCGACACGUACCCACUAUGUGA